AUGCAUUCUAGCGCUAUCAUUCUCGGUCUCAUUGGCAUUGCCAGUACCCAGACUCUCAACAUCCCCUCUCGUGUGGGUGGUAUUAUCUCUCUGCCUUCUCAUAGUGAGAUCUCGGGCAGUGUUGAUCUGGGCAACCGGGAGUACGAUCGUGGUCAAUCCUGCGACAACGACGAUGACUUUGGCGACCACAACGCCGUCUUCAUCUUGAAGGAUGGAGCUUCACUGAGCAAUGUGAUCAUUGGAAAGAACCAACUUGAAGGCAUCCACCGCAAGGGAUCUUGCACCCUGACCAACGUCUGGUUCCGUGAUGUCUGCGAGAGGAUGCCAUCUUCAUCCUUGGGCCCGGAGAUGCCCAAGAAACAAAUCAAAUCAAAGCGGGGUUUCGCCAGAUUCUAUGGGCGAGUUACAUGCCUGUGGGCGGGUAAGGAAAUGAAAACCCGCCCCAAACCCGCGUUUGGCGAGCUCUACCCUUGA